AUGUGGCUCACAUUAGACCUAGGUACCUGGGUACACAUUAACAACAAACUGGACUGGGCCGACAACACCCAGGCUCUUAUCAGCAAGGGGCAGAUCAGGAUGUUUUUCCUGAGAAGGCUGAGGUUGUUUAAAGUUUGUAAUAGGCUACAGAGAAUGUUCUACCUGUCAAUGGUCUCCAGUGUCCUGUUCUUCGCCGUGGCCUGCUGGGGAGGCAACAUCUGUGCCAGGGACGCUGCCAGGCUGAACAAGCUGGUGAAGAAGGCCAGCUCUGUGGUGGGGACCGGGUUGGACAGCCUGGAGGUGCUGGCUGAACAGAGGAUGGGGGAAAAACUGGCGGCCAUGUUGGCCAAUCCCCCACAUCCACUGCACAUGCGAGCUGACGGGGAUGAGGAGCAAAUUCAGCAACAGAUUUGUUCUCCCCCGUCAGAGCACAGAGAGAUUUGGACAUUGGAGAACCUGAUGGAGGAGGUGUUAAAGAGUGGAAAUGUCCGAGCGCUUUAUGUUUUCUUAGAGAAGGACAUGCAUGAAAAGACCCACAUUAAGUGUUCACAGCAGUUUGUCACCAAAUUAGAUACAUUUAUGAGAAAGAGUUUGGAUCAAGAAGAUGCAAAAUCAGCCAGUUUAGGUUUUGUUACUCUCUGUAAGUGUGGGAAAAUGCUGAAACUACCAGAUGGCAGUCAAGGACUACAAGGUUUAAUAACUCAAGGACUCAUUAAGAAGAUGGUGCAGUGGUUUGAGAAAUGCAAGCAACUGUGGAUCCAGUGUGGCCUUCACUGGGAUGAGAAUUUGAUCACCCUGUGUGAUAACUUCUUCAGUGCUUUAAUGGCAGUUCACAAGGCAGGCAAAGAAGGAACCUACAAAAUCACAGAGUCCUUCCUGUAUCCUGUCGGUCAGUUGGCAAUAGACCCCAGAAUCUACAUUGCGAUCCAGAAGGAGGCAAUUCGCAAAUAUAACUUGAUUCUGGACAAAAUCCCAGUGGAGCUUAAGAGAAACAAAAAGAUCCUAACAUCACAAGAGGCCUCAGAUAUCAUGACCAAAUUGGCUGGUCUGAUAUUGGAGGGUGGUGAUUAUGACUUGCAGUCGUCGCUGAUGGAGGCAUUAUGCAGAAUGGCCACUCCUGACCAGAGGAAGAAGCUAGCAGAUCAGUGGUUCAGUAUGGGGCUUGUGGCUACUGCAUUUACUCAGAUCAGCGAUUCUGAGUUUGAAACGGCUUGUCGGAGGUUUCUGAACAUGGUGAAUGGGAUGCAGGGAGACAAGCGAAGAGUGUACUCAUAUCCUUGUUUGGAAGUUUAUCUGGACAAAUAUGAGCUGCUGAUGCCCUCAGAUGAGAAGCUUGAGGAAUUCUGGAUUGAUUUCAACCUUGCCAGCCACAGCAUCUCCUUUUACUUUUCCUUACCCGGCGAAGAGGUUCAGGAGGGCCACUGGGAAACAAUAUGCAUCAGUGAGAAUGAAGUCCAAAGCUACACUGUUACAGGGAACAGAAAGGAGCAAGUCUUGCGGAUAAAGCUCUCAGAGGUGGUGAUCGUUGGUGCAGUGGAAGGAUCCAGUCUCACCAUCCAUUUUAGUUCUUCUCUGGACGUCCUACAGGCUGCUCGCAGUGUCUACGGGCAUCUUAAAAACAAACACACAUCUGUAACAAACGUUGAAGUUAAAGCUGUGAUUGAUGGGAACAACUCCCAGGUUGUUCCAGAGAGUCAGCUUUCUCUAGGUGAAAGCCAGAAAAAUACUGCCCCUUAUAGGUCAUGUGCCCCAGCUGCAUCUGCACAGAUGGUGACCCCUGCCAAGAAGAGACUGUCAGAGUCCUUAAACUUCAUAUGCAGCAGUGGAGGAGUUAUGCACAGUAGCAGUUCUCAUGCGCACAAGCUAUCAAAGUCUUAUUUUGUACCUGACACCCAACCCAAAUCUGGACACAAUAUAUCAUCUAGUUGGAGCAAAAUGUCAGUUUCAGAAAUGGUAAUGAUGCCAACACAGAAAAUGGAUCUGCCAAACCCUGAGCCUAAUUUAAAGGCACAGCAGGAGAGCUGCCCGCCCUCAGCAAAGAAAAUGUCAGUUUCAAACUCAAGCCUUGUCCUCCAAGAGCAACUCCACAGUGAACUUACUCUACGGUUACAGCAAGUCCUCAAGGAAAGGAAUCAAAAUCCUUCACCUCAGGAGCCAGCUCUGCUACAGCAGGUCCUCAAGGAAAGGAAUAGAAAACCCUCACCCCAGGAACCAGCUCCGUUACAGCAGGUCCUCAAGGAAAGGAAUAGAAAACCCUCACCCCAGGAACCAGCUCCGUUACAGCAGGUCCUCAAGGAAAGGAAUAGAAAACCCUCAACCCAGGAACCAGCUCCGCUACAGAAAAAAAUGACCAGUAACAGAAAGGAGUUGGAAGGCACAAGCUCAGGAAACUCAUGUGGUUCUUCACGGAGGGCUCCCAGGGAGCAGCAGGCUCAGAGAAAUGACCAUACCAAAAGAGAAAGUAAAGACAGAAUGUCACUGGAUACAGAUCCUGUUCCAAUUAAAGCUUCAGGCAAGCCCUCCAAAGCCAAAGCUCUGCAAGAGAAAAAGGACUCCAGGGUUAGGGUUGAAACUAAGAUGAUCCUUUCAAGCAAAGAGAAAAGGGGUGCAGAGGUUGCAGGCAGCAUGAUAAAGCUCAUCUCGAGCCAUCAUGAGACAAAUACCAAAUCCAGUGAUGCUGGGAAAAAUAUUCCGAGCUGGAACCGUUCUGUCAACAGGUCAAUCUUCAACACGAGCUGGUUAUCAUCUGGUAAGAACAAGCGGUUUGUCAAAAAGCAUUUGUUCAGUGACACAGACACAGACAAUGUCACGACAGAGGUCAGCUGGCUGAGAGAAUCUUCCAGGAAGCCCAAACCCAAAGUUACUAAAUAUUCCAGACAGCCAGUCAUCAAACCCCAAGCUGACCCACCCAAUUCUUCAUAUGAAUCUCUAAAAUUGCUUCCACCCUCUUCGAAAGCUGUUACAGGCAACAAAAAACCCAGUAAGAAGAAUCCCAAUGUGAAGAAAGCUCCAGCUCCAGCUCAGCCAAAGAAGGAGUUGGAUAAACUCGAGAUGGUGAAGGCAACAGCGGCAAUCAGCAAACCGCGUGCAUCUGGCAAGAGACCCAGUAGAGCCGCAACAAAAUCCAAGAAAAGCUACAGGGAAGUGAAUACUGAUGACAGCCAAAGUGAACCAGAAGCGUCUCCCCCUCUUAAGCUUAGACCUGGAAAUAUUCCUCAAAAAACUUCAAAGUUGAAAAAGAAAAAUAUCCUAGCCCAAGAACAGAUGAGCUCUUUGAAAGAUUCCCUGGCGGGCUUCCAGAAGUCUCUCCCUCCUGUCAUCGAGAAGAUGAGAUCUGCUGACGGGUCAGCCCCAGCCUGGAAUUUGACCCGUUCCACUGUCCUCAGCCCACGGGGAUCCCCACUCCCUGCCUCCCCUACGCCUCCCUGCCAUGACACCCUCUCGCCAAUCCUGCUGUUACCCAAACUUCACUCUACAGUCAGCAGUAAAGGAUUAUUCAAGCCGUCUUCAUUCUACAGUACAGCAAAGAAACGCAACUCAUCCAAGAUUCAGUCCAUGCGGACUACCCCCUCUCCCAUUCCAUUGGGACGUCGAGUCCCUGCUCCCAGUCCUCCAACUGGACAUAAAACAAACAAGAUGCCUGCAGUCCAGCCACAUCUGUCCUCAGCUCCUCAGUCUCUUGUAUCUCCAUCUUCUCCGCCACUUUUGACGUCCACUCUCCUUGAGCUCGAUAAGCCAACUGUACCGUCCUCACCUGAAUCACCAGUCCUUAAGGAUAUCAUUCAUCAAGAGUGCAACCUUCAAUUCAGUAAAAUGUCUUCUGGAUCCCUGGUUUCACUGAGCCGAUCAUCCUUUAAGUCAUCAGUACUUAGUUAUAAGGACACCUCCCCUGCUGCACUGACCGUGUCUUCUAAAACAGAGAAAACACCAGGUACAAGCAGAAACUUUGACCGCACACAGCAUCUUGCCUCAGGACCGAAUCGGAAGCGCCACAUCUCCCCGUCUAGUAAUUCUGAGGAAGAUGAGAAAGAAGUGAAGAAAAGCAAUAUUAGACAACAGCAUUCUCCUCGUAUGAAGCCAAGAAAAUUGUUCAAAUCCUUUGCUGAGGUGCCUGCUUUGGAGGAGUUGAACCAGGUGGAGUCGUCCUUCCACGUGAGCUGGAGUGAGUCGAAGUCUGAGGUGGUGGAUGGAGACAUGGACGCAGAUGAGGAUUUUGAGUCACUGGAAACUGCUAUGACCCCAAGGAACCUUUGUGAACAGUUUAGUUCUGAGCUAAAAACUAAGUUCAAGAAACAUUUCAAUAUGAUGGAGCUUUACAGCAAGCAGUCUGCUAAGACAAUGCAGCAACAUGUCUCCGCCAUAGGCACACAGUUUACCAAAUACAGAAUUCAGAAACUUGAACGUGUUCAGAAGGUCCUCCUGGAAGAGAUCCAGAACAUGGAGCAGAGUGACAGCGUGCUUAAAAGCAUGGAGAAAGACCUGAACGUGUACUGGAAAAAACAGAUACUGACUUUCCAUUCUUACCUGAAGCAGGAAACCACAAGACAUGAAACCUUAAGGACAACGCUCCAGAAUAACACAUGUGACAGUUUGGAGAUUGAGGAAGACAUGUUCACAUCGGAGAUGUGUCUGAUAAGAAAAGACAUGAAGUCAGCUCAAGACAGGCUCCUUAAUGAGAUGCUUAAUGGGGAAGUCCAGAACGUGAAGAGAGGACUACAUGCUUUAUUUUACCCAUGA